AUGUGCCUCAUAAUAAUAAUAAUAAUAAUAAUCUUUUUGAGUGGCGAACCCAGAGCCCAGAGGGCCAUAGGGCAUACACAGAAUCGUCUGGUGUCCAGCACGCCAGUAAGGAGCCUCACAGUCGCACAAGCUGCUGCAGAGCACGAGCAGCUAGUGGGCCAGUUGCAGGCACUGGCGGCUUUAAGAGACUACCUGCCGCUGCACAUAUAUCACGACGCGUCGGGCCAUCUCUUUGGAGACGAGGAGCUCACACACUCAGAAUCAACCCCGGCGCAGAUCCCACGGCUGCGCCCGGAGUAUGCCAAUCUGAGGGCUUACGCAGCUGGCAACAUUGAGCUGUGCAAGAGCUUCUUCUUCGAGCUGGACAGGCAUCUGCACGAGGUGCUGGCGCCAAGGCUGGACGAGCUCGGAAUGGCGCGCCACGGGGCGGCCUGGCCGGAGCCGCCGCAUGGCUACAGCAUAGAUCUCGACGAGGCUCCAAUGCGAAAAAGGAUGACUCGCAGCACCUGA